GCGAACCGAGCGUUCGUUCUAACUCCUCAGAGACCUAUGGCCUAUUCGCUAGAAGGGACCGUCUUUCGGGUUCCCUCACCUAUAAAGGUCUGGCUAAGGGAGCUCUAGAGGGUUUGAACGAAAGUUCCUAAUAACCUCAGGGUAGUCCCAUUGUUGCCUAGCGGUGGUGAACCUCCGGGUGGUCGUGAUGGCUAGCUCUCGUGUCGUUCCGCUCUCGGAUGACAUACUCCUUAUGAUCUUCAAGCUGGCGCGCGAAGAAGACCAAGUUACCUUCAACAAUUAUCUCCAGAGAGAAAAUGCUCUCAUAGGCAGACAUUGGGACGAUUGGGGAGAAGAAUUUGAUUGUGAUUAUGAGCGGUGGCAAUUCGAGCUAGCAGAUGUUCUUGGCGCUGGUAACAUCGAUGACUCUCCACCCCGAUCAACGCUCUUGAAAGCUAUGGGUGUGUGCAAGCAUUGGUACUCGCUCUUAUACCAGACUCCAUCGAUGUGGACCGUGCUGGAAAUCUCCUUCCGCGAAGGUGCUGCAGCUCUCGAACACGCGCGGACGUUUCUCCAGCGUAGCGGGUCAUGUCUCGUCCAAAUCACACUUCUUUGGGACGAUCCCACUUGGAUUGUGCCAGUCCACAAGGAUGAAAUCGCGAGUGGUGGAGGACUACCACCCCCAUCGCGUGAAGAAAUCAUGGACGGUGUUUAUCUUGGCUUGGUCAUUCAGGAGCUGUAUGCCCAUGUGCACCGUUGGCGCGAGUUUACGCUCAGGACGACCUCCAUUACCCAUACAUAUCAAGCGCUUUCGUUGAUGUCACGCCCGUCCAUCCAUCGUGCCAAUAGACUAGAAAAACUGCAUCUCCAAUUCAUACACAAUCCACGUCAUGUGACUCACCAUGUCAACGAACCAUCGCUUUUCCCUGGUUCAAUGCCUCCCAUUCGCGAUCUUCUUCUUUUUGGCAUAAGUUGGGCCUGGCCAUCAUCGUCCAUGCUGUCGUCUAAUCUCGUGGACCUGCGGAUCCAUUAUGGUGGCCUCAUGAAUGAGGACGGCACAAAUCCACGCACGGGUCCUGAAGCAAAAAUGUUGUGGCAGCUCCUUGGCGCCCUCGUCAACCUCCGGACUCUGGCGCUCGAGGUGGAUUUUGAAUCCUUUGAUGAUGCAGACACCAUCGAGUUGCCUCGUCUACAUAGCCUGACUAUCAAGUCGGGCUCGAUGACAUCCUGGGCCGUGGAAUUUCUCGGCCACGCUCAAAUGCCUGAUCUCCGGAUCUUAACCUUGUGUGUAACUACGGAGGAUUCUGACAGUGUUGAAGGUAUCCUUGACGGCGUAUUGAUCGAGCUUACUGAUUCUGAGGACUCUGAAAAUCCUCUGGAGCUGGAUGAACUCCAUCUCUUUAAUUUUGCAGAUCCAGAUUCUGAGCUCCUCCAUCGCCUGUACACCCAGAUGCCCACGCUCAAAACUUUGACUUUGGGACCAGGGGCGAAUGCCAAGUUCAAUCUCUCCCUCGCGAUGGGACUGCUCCCUACACCCAAUGGAACCGGACUACCGGAUCUCCCUCUCCCUGGACUUCAGACAUUAGUCGUGUUUGAUAUUCCAAAACAACUCGUACGGCGCAUCGUACUAGAACGACAGUCGCUCGCUGGUCCGUUGGAGGAGCUUUACUGUCGUUACCGUGGGGGCCAUGAGGAUGAGGGUGUCCCAGAUGAUUGGCAACAUCAAGUCGAGAAAUACUAUUGUAUUGGUCGCCCGAAGUCUGCCCGUUACACUGACGUGGUUGCCAAGCAGUGGUCAUAUUCAAUCUAGCACCUCGUUCACUUACCAUGUACUU